CAGGAAGAUCAGCUGAAGACCAGAGUCAGCGCUGAGAAAUCAGGAGAACCUGCUGCGGAGCGAACCCCUCCAGGAGGAAAGGCGUCUGCUCUCUCUCCGCAUUAAAGCGGAGCUGCUGCUGACCCUUGGAUGGGGAGGAACACCCUCCUCCGCCCAGCCUCCCUCUCUCCUCUCUCCUCUCUCUCCUCCUCAUAAAUCCAUUGGUCGCGCUCUCGCCUUCACAUCCAGCUCCGCCGAUCGCAGCGCAGCUCCAGCAUUUGUGGGAAGUUGCAGUUGGCAGCUCCAGGCUCGUCUCUCCCCCCCCUCACCCUGACGGCUGCACAGCGGAAUUAUGAGCAGAGCUGACCCAGCCUCUAACACCCUGUCUUGAGUCACUGUGUCUGCCCACCGAGACGAACCGAACCGAACCGAGCAUGGAGACUGGACUCUGCAUCCUUCUGACUUUGCUCCUCCAGCAGAUAGCCCAGGCAGGAGGCCUGGUGGAUGGAGGCCAUGCUGGCUGUGUGCCUGGCUUCCAGGUCAAAAACUACCGGCUGGUGUACGGCGGACCUUUCCAGAAAGGCCAGCCUCUCCUACAAGUUGGGUUUGAUGACUGUGCAGGGAACCAGGAUGUGACGUUUGAGGUGUCAGAUCCCGACUUCCACGUGGACGCAGAUCUGCAGCUGGUUCCACAGCGGGACGUGGAGUCCUGCGGGCCGGUGCUGUUGCUCCGUGGGUUCGGCCCACAUGUGGACGACAUGGCGCAGGUGGAGGUUACAGGACUUCCUGUUCCAUCAGCGAACACCCUCAGGGAAGUCGUGGGUCUUGGCCAAAAGCUACCGUACAGAUCGAAGAGGUCCCUCCUUGUUCCUCCCAUGAUCGUGACCGAGAACCAGAGAGCUCCUUUUCCCAGGAUUAUUGGCAAGUCUCAUGUAAUUUCGCCCGAGAAGCCAGUGAACCAUAUCUUCCGACUGAAAGGCCCGGGUGCUGACCAAGAUCCCAAAGGUCUCUUCACCAUCGACAUAGACACGGGAGACGUGUCAGUCAGCCGCUCAUUGGACCGAGAGGCCAUUGACUCCUACCAGCUGGAGGUUUCCACCACAGACUUUGAUGGGAACGUCAUUGAGGGACCGGCCAUACUUGUGAUCACUGUCAUUGACCAAAAUGACAACCGGCCCAUCUUCAAAGAGUCCCGUUACACAGGAGAGGUGCUGGAGGGAUCCCCUACAGGAACCACGGUGAUGACAAUGACGGCGUUCGACGCAGACGACCCUGGCACGGACAACGCCGUCCUGCGUUACAACAUCAUCAGGCAGUCGCCGGACAAACCUUCGCCCAACAUGUUCUACAUAGACGCUGAGAGAGGCGACAUUGUGACGGUCAUCUCCCCAGCGCUACUCGACAGAGAGACGCUCCCAACUACAACAUAUCAGUUAGAGAUUGUGGCCAAGGACAUGGCAGGCAGCGAGGUGGGCCUAACAGGAACAGCAACGGCUACCAUCACCAUCACAGACAAGAACGACCAUGCCCCAGAGUUCACGCAUCCGCUGUUUGAGGCUCGUGUCUAUGAGGGCUCGAGGGGCGUUGUGGUCAACCUGACGGUGGACGACAGGGACGAUCCAGCCACGGGGGCAUGGAGGGCCAUCUACUCCAUAAUCAGCGGAGACCCUAAACGCAGUUUUGAGAUCCAAACAAAUCCUGACAACAACGAAGGAAUGCUGUCGGUGGUCAAGCCUCUAGACUACGAGACCACCGCGUUCCACACGCUUCUCAUCAGAGUGGAGAACGAGGAUCCGUUGAUCCCUGAUGUUGGCUACGGUCCCAGCUCCACAGCAACGGUCCACGUCACGGUGGAGGACGUCAAUGAGGGGCCGGUGUUUUUCCCAGACCCGCUGAUGGUCACCAGGAUGGAGAACAUUCCUGUGGGCAGCUUCGUAGCUUCCCUCAACGCUACAGACCCAGACAUACUGGAGAUGCAGAGCAUCAGAUAUGCCGUGCUGAGUGACCCGGCUGGUUGGCUGAGUGUGAACCCAGUCAGAGGAACCGUCAACACCUCAGCCUCCCUGGACCGAGAGUCUCCGUACGUCCAGGCAAAUAAAUACACAGCUCUCUUCAUCGCCACAGACAACGGAACGCCUCCAGCCACGGGAACCGGAACGCUGAUCAUCCACCUGGAAGACUACAACGACAACGCUCCGUUCGUGGUGCCGUCGGUAGCACAGGUGUGUGAAGACGCCGGCGACAUGAAUGUAGCCAUCGUUGGAGGGCGGGACAAGGACCUGCCGCCCAACGCGGCGCCAUUUAAGAUAGAACUGGGGAAACAGCCGGGCCUGGAUAAGACAUGGAAGGUCACCAGACUCAACUCCACGCACUCCCAGAUCAUGCUUCUGCACAGUCUGAAGAAAGCCAACUACCAGCUGCCGCUGCUCAUCACUGACUCAGGAGUGCCCCCUUUGUCCAACAGCACAGAAGUGAAAGUUCAGGUGUGCAUCUGUACAAAGACCAAGAGAUACUGCAGCUCAGCCCACUCCCACCGCACUAGCCUUGUUGUGCUGCUUGCAACACUCCUGCUCGUCCUCCUCUGCCUGUAAGUUCUGCUGAAACCUCUCAUUGUCCUUCUGCAACACUGAAAAGCAACGACUUAACCCCCCACCACGCCACCCGGGCUCAGGAGAGAAGAACAAGAAGAAGAAAUCUUCUCACCACGUCAAGUCAAACAAGCAAAUAUCGAAUAUUCUCACUGACACGACAGCUUUGUGCCCUCACUCUUUUAUUUUUGGUAAAAAUGUUACCCCCCCCCCCCCACUUCAUUCUUUCUCUCCAUCUCCAGUUUUCUCGCUGCACCUGCUCUUCUCCUUCAGCCGUCUCUUAUCUUCUGAUUUUGUUCCCUCUCUGACUCCUUUCUCUCUCUCCUGCUCUUCAUCCAUCAUUGAUUAUCUAAUUUCUUUUCCAAGUCGUCCCUGCAUUGCGUUUGGCGCCUCUCUGUUGCAGCGAUAGGAUAUAAAGGGUGUUAGCGGUGUGCGUGGUGUCCUGCCACAUCUGUAGGCGAUACUUGAAUAACGAUAAUGUAAAAGAAAAAAAAGACGUCUAACUCCUAAUGAACCAUAAUCCUCCAGUUGUUACCCUCGUUGACACCUAUGGGUCCCCCCCCCCCCCCCCCACCCCAUGGCUACCUCUUCUACCUGUGCUCCCCCUCAUGAAGAUUGCCUGACUAUUUGUGAGCGUCUCCUUACCUGUCUGUCUCUGUCCUGCGAGUCCAUCGCUGGAGCAGCGGACUCUGCAUCGGCUUGGCUGCUGUCCUGGUUGGCGGACGGCGGGGAACGCUUCGACGUGUUCUUCUGUCUCCCUGUCACAGAUCGUGUUUGAUCUUGUUUCUGUCUUUAGGCAGGAAGAAGAAAAGCCUGUUUUUCUUUGUCUGCAGUGGUCGUGGUCUUUUUAGGACAAGGUUGUAGCCAUAAGCCUUCAAAGUAAGAGACUCUCUGGAGUUGUUUCUUCAAUUUGCUUCUGUUCUUAUUGCAUUAGUUGUCAUGGAGUGGAAAACAGUAAAUCUUUACAGUAAUGGCGUAAACCUUAAAAAAAAAAAGUACUAUUAUAUAAAUAUUUUUAUUUUUUACCAUUGUAUAAAUAUACAGUAUUGAUUAACUUAUGUAGUUUGAUUGCAAGUUCUUUGGUCAUUUACACAGUAAAUAGGUUUAAAAAGAGGAAAGCAUCUUUUUCAGUGAAUUUAGAAACAAUUUCUAAAGCUAUUGUUGUGUUCACUAUUUUAUUGUAACAUCUUUUCUUGUUUUCCUUCUUUUUCUGGUUUUCCUUUUUAAUGUGUGAUUAAUUGCACAAUCAGGAGUGACGUUCUGUUGACUGCAGCUGUAUUUAGGUUUGGUUCGGCUCAUUUCCGCCUUUCCUCGUCUUUGUCCAUCUCUCAUCGCAAGUCAAAAGAAGUUGUGUAAGAAGAAAACAAAGAGUUCGGUUUUGGUGGAUAGUUUUGCUCUUUAUCCUUCGCGUUCAUCGGAGAAACUUAGUGUGUGUGGGUUCGUCUGGAAGACCAACUUAAACAAAAGAGGACAUUUUGAAUGAGUUCUGUCUGUCUUUUGCACUAAUUUAAUAAAGCCGUUACUGAAAGUUCCCA